AUGACCUUAGUGGGAUCCAAGGAGGGGAACGUAUUGCCCAUCAUGUUGAGCGUACAGCAACAGCAUCAUCACCAUAAUCUCCAUGGUUCAUCGACGACCAGUGCUCAAACUCACCGGGGGAACGUGAUCGUCUCCACCAGCAGCAUGUCGGCCAACGACAUCAAGACGAUGCAGCAACACGGUUGCAAACGUUCAAAGAUCUACGGGCAGCCGACGGGGCCCUACGGCACGGUCCCCCAUCAGCCAGCCUCCGUGGCUAGAAGAAACGCGCGUGAACGUAAUCGUGUCAAGCAGGUGAACAAUGGAUUCGCGACUCUGAGGCAACACAUACCCCAAAGCGUGGCGCAGGCACUCGGGGGGAGCACUGCUGGGACUCACGGCGGGUCCAGGGCUGGGAGCAAGAAGCUGUCCAAGGUGGAGACCCUCAGGAUGGCCGUGGAGUACAUCAGGAGUCUACAGCGUCUCCUGGAGGAGCACGACAGUGGUUCGGACAUCGCCAGUGUGUCCUCGCCGACCUCCUCGCCGCCCUCGUCCACCUCCUCCUCGUCCUCGUCCACGUGUGGCUCCGGGAACGGUUUGGGAGUCGAGUCCAGCCAUCAUUCCCCGGAACUGAGACUCCGUGGGAACGUCAACAACGAGAUCAGACAUCACAGUCAUCUCAGACAGAAUCCCAGCCCCACGUUCGUCCCUGCACCCUGCUCGGAGGCGUCCAGCUCACCGACGCCCAGCUUCGUCUCGGAGGGAUCCUCAGCAGGCAGCCAGGGCUACGGGGGCACAUCGGGCACCCUCUACGCGACACACUCAGACGGUUACGAUAAUUACGAGCCCAUGAGCCCGGAAGACGAGGAACUGUUGGACGUUAUCUCCUGGUGGCAACAGAGUCAAUGA